AUCUUUAAUCGUGCUGAUAAGUGAUUUUUUUAAUACUUGAUGCAUUAAAAUGUUUAAAUAAUUGAUUUUAUUUUAAGAAAAUAUUGUAUUACUUAGAUUGUUACAACUUUACAAUAAUAGUUUCGUUUCCUUGAUUUCGUUUCAGAAUGUCAUCAAAAGUUAAAAUUGGUCAAGGAGCUAUGGUUUGUAAAGAAAUUAAAGUUAAGGGUCAAGUAAGUUUUGGCGCAUCUACAAUAAUUCAUCCUGGUGUAACCUUAAUAGCCGAAGCUGGACCCAUUGAAAUAGGGGAAAAUAAUAUUAUUGAAGAAUAUGUCAAUAUUAUUCACAAAUUUUUACCUGGAGAUGAACAGUCUGAGCCUGUGACACUCAAAAUUGGUUCUAAUAAUGUGUUUGAAGUAUAUUCAACCAUCGAGGGAGUCAGCUCUAUUGGAGACAAUAACAUAUUUGAAUCGAAAAGUUUUGUUGGUCGAAAUUUAACAAUAGGCAAUGAUUGUAUUAUUGGAGCAGGUUGUCAUUUAACAUCUACCUCGCCUAUUGAAGAUGGCACUUGUGUGUAUGGUAAAAAUUGUACUAGACAAAAAGCUUUUUGUAAACCAUCAGUUCCUGGAGGGCAUCGUGAAUUUCUGAUCAAAUUGUUACCAAGUUACCAUUUAUUAAGAAAAAAUAAAAACCCUAUCGAAGGAAAUUAAAAUUAUGUUCAAGUCAAAAUUGCAUCAUACAUUCAUACUCACAUUCAUACUACAUAAUAUUGUAUAUUUUACUAAUUGUAUAUUUAUUCAGAAUAAUACAUUAUUUUCUUAAUAUUUUUA